AUGGGAAGCAAAUCACAAGACCAGAAGCUGAAGCUGAAGCACAAGAAGGGGUUAUGGUCGCCGGAGGAAGACCACCGCCUCCGCAUCUACAUCGUCAAGCACGGCCACGGCUGCUGGAGCGCCGUCCCGGUCAACGCCGGGCUUCAGAGGAACGGGAAGAGUUGCAGGCUGAGAUGGAUUAAUUACCUGAGGCCAGGGCUCAAACGUGGCUUGUUUUCCUCCCACGAGGAGGAUACAAUCCUCGCCCUUCAUCGCCACCUCGGCAACAAAUGGUCACAAAUCUCGCAAUAUUUACCCGGUAGAACGGACAACGAGAUUAAAAAUCACUGGCACUCUUACCUCAAGAAAAAGGUCUUCAAAGAACAAGUACCACCACCAACUUCUCUCGAAACGACGCCGCAUGUCAAGAUCCAGCAAUGUUCCAGCUCGUCAAUCACCGACCAAUAUUCUUCCCCGUCUCCGACCAAGUACUCACCGCCGCCGUCGACCUCCGACCAGUGGGACCCGCAUAGUUAUGACAACGUUCAUCAUCAAGAAAAUGGCCCACGGCCCACUUUGCCGAAGCCCAUGUUCACGGAGUGGCUAUCGCUAGACGGCUUCGCCGCCACGUCAGCAGCAGGCCAUCAGCCGUUUGUGGGUUGCAAUAAUAAUAAUAAUAAGGGUUUCGCCGGCGGGAGCGCCGAUUUCGGACUCGACGUCCCCAGCAGCGGGUUGUUUGAUGGGUACCCUUUGUUCGAAGGUCAUCAGGUUACAAGCGGACAGAGCUCGAUGACUACGACAACGACGACGAGCGAUGGAUCGGCCGGCGGCGACGUUUUCUCGUCGCGGUUCAGCUUCGACGAUCAGAGCUCGGCCGACGUUAAUAAUCAGUUCGUUGAUUUUUGUAGCGAGUUCCAGCUCAGCGGGAAUAAUGUCAUGUACAUGUGA